AUGCAAUCUGCUUUCGACCGCGCGACUCAAGGUGGUUCAAAAGACGAAGAGAUCAAGCUCCUUUCAUACCACGGUCUCUCAGCAAUCAAUACAACACUUUUCCCCUCGUGGAACUCCUAUUUCGAGGCGCUCUUGGAGGAGCAAGAUGUUACGAUUGUCAAAUUCGAAUAUGAGAUCGACAUCACGCCAUCGUCACUAUGCAGUCGCUUGAUCAGUGCUAAUGGGCAGGGCAACGACCAAUAUCGAACGAAUCUUUUGUUUCUCUAUCAACCAAUGGACGGAGAGCCUUUACCCUCCCCCUUACGGAAAGGAAAUUUUGACCUUCUUAUGCUUUUCACACUACAAGAGAGCAUUCACCGCGUCUUGAACACUGCCGAAGACGAUGCUGAUCUCACGUUGUUGAGGAAUAUUUAUGUUGAGAAAAGAGACUCUUAUUUUGUGGGAUCGGUGGACUAUGGACGAGCUGAAGAUUUUCUAGUGGAGCUACUAGAAUCUUCAUGCUCUGGCCAUCUACAAGAUGAAGAGGUCGCAAGUGUUGAUCCACUGAGAGUCGUAAAGUUAGUUCUACACACACAAGCCACGAUGGCUAUGGAACUAAUUGAAGUCGCUCUUGAAACACCGAACGAGCAUUUGGAGAUCAGAAGACGGCAGUUGCAACGGUUGUUGCAAAUCGAAACUUGA